GCGACACGUCCGGAGCGGCGGGCAGAGCGCGAACAGCAGCAGAGAGAAACCCUCCGGCUCCGGCUGACAUUUUCUGCCCGCUCACCGCCGCCGAAACUCGGUCAAUCCGCGCGCUGAGAUGCCGGGGAUGAUGGACAAAGGCUCCGAGUAUCUGGGGAAGGGCCGCUCCAACGGCACCAAGAGUCCGUCCAACGCGUCCAACGGACAUUUCUCCGACGAGAGCGGCAGCGACGACGAGCACGAUGUGGGGAUGCGGGUCGGAGCGGAUUAUCAGGCCAACAUCCCCGAGUUCGAGCCCGGUGAGUUUUUCCUGGUUUGGACCCCGAGAGACGGACGGUGGUAG